AUGCAAGUGAAUAGCCAAGGUCGUUCUUACAGACAAGGUGUAGGGUUGUCAAGGGACAUGAAAUCCUUGAUAAUCGACGAACUUUACCGUCGCGGUGGAGACAGAUUAACACAAUUCGUUCCUGUAGGUUCGUACACCGCUGUUUCUAACGCUAUAAAAGUAUCAUUAAAAACGGUAAAAAAAGUAUGGUUGCAGUAUUGUAAUCACUAUACAUUAGAAGGGAAAAAAUCUGGAGGGGACAGACGUAGCAAACUGAAGUCCGAAGAUCUAGAGCUUAUCGAAUUAAUGAAAAAAUAUAAGGGAUCUGUUUCACUCAAAGAAAUUUAUUCUACUAUGGAAGAACUAGGGAAUAUACAAGGAGACAUCUCGAUCUCAUCAAUAUCACGCGCAUUAAAAUCUAGAAUGGAAUCUGGCAAAACAUAUACGCGUAAGAAAAUAACCCAUGUCGCUUCACAACGGUUUGCUUAUAACAAUUUAUUGUAUACGCAAAUAUUUAUGGAUUACCUAAGCUCGAAGAAUCCAAACAGUUUAAAGUUUUUUGACGAAGCAGGUGUUAAAUAUCCAAACGUUGGCAUGCGUUUAUUUGGACAUGCACCAAAAGGAGAGCGGUGUGUUGAAGUUGUGAAAAAAUGUGAAUCGCCAAACGCAACAAUCAAUAUGAUUGUCUCAUUGAACGGCGCUGAGUAUUAUGAUAUCAUUGACGGGGCCUCAAAUACUUACGAAUUUUUAAAUUUUUUUGGAAAAGCUUCGAAUGCUGUUAAUUUACAAACGUUGCGUCCAGCUCUCGAAAUAGGCGACAUUCUAGUGAUGGACAACUUAUCGGUUCAUCAUUACGAAAGCGGGGAAGUACUCGAGGAAUACUUGCAAGAAAUGGGUGUUGAAUUGCUAUAUACUCCGGUUUUUUCUCCUGACCUAAACCCCAUUGAGCAUUCUUUCAAUAAAAUCAAGACAGUUAUGAAUUACGAACUUAAAGAAAUAACGUCGGCAAAUAUGAAAUUAUCAGCAAUGCUUGCAAUCGAAAAGAUUUCUCAUGAGGACAUGGUGGGCUUUUUCAAAAACACUUCAUAUUUAUUUCCUUGA